AUGAUCAUCUCAAGAAAUAUCUCAGGGGAAAUCGUCUUCUGUGGACAGGUGUUUGAGAAAUCCCCCUUGAGAGUGAAGAACUUCGGCAUCUGGCUGCGCUAUGACUCGAGAAGCAGCACCCCCAACAUGUACUGGGAGUACCGGGACCUGACCACCGCGGGCGCCGUCACCCAUCACUACCGAGACAUGGGUGCCCGACACCGUGCCCGAGCACACUCGAUCCAGAUCAUGAAGGUGGAGGAGAUUGCAGCCAGCAAGUGCCACCGGCCAGCAGUCAAGCAGUUCUACGACUCCAAGAUCAAGUUACCACUGCCCCACCGGGUCCUGCGUCGCCAGCACAAGCCACGCUUCACCACCAAGAGGCCCAACACCUUCUUUUAGGUGCAAAGCCUCUGUGUGUCUCCAGUUCUGCCCGAAUAAACUUCUUGGGAAAAAAAA